AUGCCCGGGUCACUAAAUUGUACCUCUAUAUCCCCAGAGUGCCCCGUUGAAGCCACUAUCUACGGUUACACACCCUCUCUAGGCUUCAACGCAUUUUUCCUCGCCUUUUUCACGCUAGCAGCUAUCUAUCACCUAGCCGCCAGUAUCCGUUACAAAACAUAUUUCUUCGGUAUGGCCAUAACAAUUGGUUGUCUGGGCGAAAUAACCGGAUACAUUGGCCGAAUUCUCUUACACAAUAAUGCCUGGUCAGACAUCGGAUUCGAGAUCCAAAUCUCCUGUCUCAUUUUCUCGCCUAGUUUCGUCGUUGCUAGUGUGUAUAUUACGCUUCAACAAAUUGUGCAAACUUUUGGCACAGAAAAAUCGAGGAUCCCCGCAAGAUUUUAUACUUGGGUGUUUAUUACUUUUGAUAUUCUCUCGUUGUUACUACAGGCUAUUGGUGGAGGCAUCGCUGCCAGUGCUGGUGAAAACGAAAAGACGAGAGAUUUGGGGACGAAUCUUAUGAUUGCGGGUAUCGUGUGGCAGGUCUUUACUUUAAUCGUUUUCGCUGCCUUGGUUAUUGACUACGUUCUCCGAACGAGAAAAUCAUGGGACCAAGUGCCCGAAGAUACGAGACUCAUGGCUGCAAAAAGACCCUUCAAAUUAUUUUGUGUUGGAAUCAGUGUGGCUUUCGUCACCAUUUUUGCGAGAUGCGUGUAUAGGAUUGCAGAGAUGGUCCAGGGUUGGGCAAAUCCAAUUAUGCGUGAUGAGGCAGGGUUUGUUGUUAUGGAAGGAUUUAUGAUUGUUAUCGCUGUAUCAUCCCUUGCGAUCUUUCAUCCUGGAUGGUGCUUUCCUCAAAUUUCUAAAGGGGCCCACACCAAUGGAGAAAGUAUCGAGAAGGCAAGGCUGGGGUCUAAGUCUGAUUCUGUAUGAAUGCAAAACGUGAUAGUAUAGAGAUCUCGUGGCCAUUUUGGGUGUGUAGAUUAUUAGAUGGGCAAUGCAAUACUCGGGUUUAGCAAGAUUUGGAGUGGAAUGGUCAGUUAUACCGAUCUGUGGGUGAAAACAUGGAAUGAUCUCUGAUACUUAGUAGAGUGAUAAUAACUACGUAUUGACAUUAUUCUUG